GGAAUUUCGCUUAUUUCUUUUUGGCCCUCUGAAAACUGAAGUAUUUGACAAGCUUCUCCUUUGCUUUUCCUCUGUUCUCUCUCCUAGGGUUUGGGAUCUCGCGGAGCGUCAAGGCGAGGUUUUCAGAAUUUUAGGUCUGAAAGCUGUGACCAUGUCCACUUCACAUCUUCCUGCCACCACUGAUUCACUGUUCCAGGCUGCUGAAGCCAAAACUCCUCCUGAAGCAAUAUCUAUCCUUUACCAGGUGCUAGAAAAUCCUUCAUCUUCUUCUGAAGCCCUUCGAAUAAAGGAACAGGCUAUUACCAAUCUCUCUGAUCUUCUCAGACAAGAGGGUCGAGCAGCAGAACUUCAAAACCUCCUCACCAAGUUGCGCCCAUUCUUUUCCUUGAUCCCGAAGGCAAAAACUGCAAAAAUUGUUCGUGGUAUUGUCGAUGCAGUAGCUAAAAUUCCUGGUACAUCUGAUCUUCAGAUCUCCCUUUGCAAAGAAAUAGUGCAAUGGACACGCACUGAAAAGCGAACUUUUCUACGUCAAAGAAUUGAGGCAAGACUUGCGGCUCUCUUGAUGGACAACAAGGAAUAUUCUGAAGCAUUGAAUCUCCUUUCAGGUCUUAUCAAGGAGGUCAGAAGAUUAGAUGACAAACUUUUGCUUGUGGAAAUCAACUUGCUUGAGAGCAAACUUCAUUUCUCUCUGAGAAACCUGCCUAAAGCAAAGGCUGCACUCACUGCAGCAAGAACAGCAGCCAAUGCUAUAUAUGUGCCUCCCGCUCAACAGGGCACUAUAGAUUUGCAGAGUGGGAUUCUACAUGCAGAAGAAAAGGACUAUAAAACUGCAUACAGCUACUUCUUUGAAGCAUUCGAGGCUUUUAAUGCUCUAGAUGAUGCCCAGGCAAUAUACAGCCUCAAGUAUAUGUUGCUGUGCAAAAUUAUGGUAAACCAGGCUGAUGAUGUGGCAGGAAUCAUAUCCUCACCUAAGGUGGGUUUACAAUAUCAAGGACCAGAGCUCGAUGCAAUGAAAGCAGUUGCUGAUGCCCAUUCGAAACGUGCACUCAGGCUCUUCGAAAUUGCUUUGCAAAAUUUUAAGACACAGCUGGAGGAAGACCCUAUUGUGCAUAGGCACCUAUCUUCCCUCUACGAUACGCUACUGGAGCAAAAUCUUUGCCGGUUGAUCGAGCCUUUUUCAAGAGUUGAGAUCUCUCAUAUAGCAGAGUUGAUUGAAUUGCCAGUGCACCAUGUAGAAAAGAAAUUAUCGCAGAUGAUACUGGAUAAGAAAUUCGCGGGGACAUUAGACCAGGGUGCUGGAUGCCUUAUUAUAUUCGAUGAUCCCAAGACUGAUGCCAUCUAUCCUGAUACCCUGGAGACCAUUUCAAACAUGGGAAAGGUUGUAGACAGUCUUUAUGUAAGAUCUGCCAAAAUUAUGGCUUGAGAACGACAUUAGGGAACAAAAAUCUCUACUUAUAUCUUCCAUGUGUUCCUUUCCACCUUGAGGUAAUUGGAUUCUUUCUUGCUGGUCUCGGCUGUAAUUGUUUUGUUGAUUUACAUGUCAAUUUAGCAUA